CAGUGCUCAUGUGAUGCCCAUAGCGUACGCACACAACACACACGCAAUACAUCGCAUAGCAUAACAAACACAGUGACAGUGUGUAUGUCCUAUGAUUACAUACCCACCCAUACUAUACCAUUCGCAAGGCUACCAGUGCUAGCAGUGCUACCCUACCAGUGCUAUAGUGUAUGUGUUUUUGUCUCAUAAUAACAAACAUGUCUGCCGUUGAGCGCAAACAACAAAAUGCCCGCCACUACUGAUACGUGCGACACGCGGGCCACUCAUUGCGACACUACCUGUGCCAUAGGGCAGGGGGGACAGGUGCCCGUGAGCCAGGCCAACAACAAGGCUCAGCUGAGCGCCCAGCAGCAACAGCACCAGGCUCAGUUGACCACGCAAACGGAGAAGCCAUUGCACUACCAGUAUUUAAAGGAGUUCCGGUGCGAGCAGUGCCCGCUGUUCCUGCAGCACAAGUGCACUCAACACAAGCCGUUCACGUGUUUCUAUUGGCACUUCUGUAACCAACGGCGCCGUCGACCCAUCCGUAAAAGGGACGGUACGUUCAACUACUCCCCCGACGUCUACUGCACCAAAUACGACGAGACCACCGGUGUCUGUCCCGAGGGCGACGAGUGCCCAUACCUACACCGGACAGCGGGGGACACGGAGCGCCGGUAUCACCUGCGCUACUACAAGACCGGUAUAUGCGUGUACGACACGGACACCCGGGGCUACUGCGUGAAGAAUGGGCCGCACUGUGCGUUCGCGCACGGCCUACACGACCUCCGGAACCCCGUCUACGACAUCCGGGAGCUACAGGCCAUGGAGUCGGGCGGCGGCGGUGUAGGAGGCCUACUGUCGCCCACGGACCUCGAGAACGGGUUGGGAGGGUUGGGUCAGAUUAACUCGAAUUCGGUGCCCAAUUCGCUGGAUAAGGAACGGAAUGCCCUCAAUGAGGACCCCCGUUGGCAGGACACCGCCUACGUGCUGGCUAACUAUAAGACCGAAGUGUGCAAACGCCCGCCCCGGCUAUGUCGACAGGGGUCAGUAUGA